AUGAGCUGGAGAAGGCGUGUGGGGAAGAUCCAGAAGAGAUUGGAGGAUGUCAAGACUCGAUGGACCAGACCAACCCGCAUGGAUUUCAGCCACAAUGAGAGCAUCAGGCUGGCCACGGAUGCACUAGUGAAUGGGGGCCUGGAGUCUUACCAGGAGACCCUGGGUGAAGAAGGAGAAGUGGACUUCCUAUCAUCGGCAGAAGCUUGUUACAUCCAGGAGAACACCAGCCAGCCAAACGGUGCUCCCCAAUCUCCAGGAGGAGAGUGGCUGGAUCUUCAAGAGAGUGAUGUCGACUCUCUCCAAUCGGGCACAUAUUUCCCCCAGUUCUCGGGGGGUGGGGAGCCAGAUUUGGGGGAUGCUGGGAAGCCAUAUCUGAAGGAGAAGUCCAGCGUUACAGUGUAUUUCCAAACUGAUCGGCACAGCAGCAUCAGAGAUCUUAUCCGCCGCUGCAUCGGGAAAACCAAUCAGGUGCUGGCCAUCUUGAUGGAUGAGUUCACGGACAUUGAGAUCUUCUGUGAUGUGCUGGAGGCAGCCAAUAAAAGGGGUGUGUUUGUCUACAUCCUUCUUGACCAAAGAGGAGUGAAGCUCUUUAAUGAGAUGUGCAACAGGGCUCAGAUCCUGGAAAUUCACCUCAAGAACAUUUGUAUCCGGAGUGUUGCAGGAGAGGUGUACUGUGCAAAAUCUGGCAGGAAAUUCUCUGGGCGAAUCCAGGAGAAGUUCAUCAUCUCGGACUGGCGAUGCGUCUUGUCUGGUUCAUACAGGUGA